AUGAAGUUAAUUGUCAUUUUAUUUGCUAUCUUCACUUUGACUGCAAAUGCAAUUAAUCAAGAUCCUUAGUGUAUAAUAGAACUUAAGAAUAAAUAAGUUUGUGAAAAAGAUAAUUCUUAUUGCUAUCUUGAGCUUAGUACAUUUAAUAAGUGUACAUAAUAAUGUGCUAAUUAAAACAGCUAAGAUUAAUACGCUAAUACGAUUUGUACUAUUUAAAAGUGCAAACCGAGUAACAUUUCAGUGAAAAAUUAUUAUUAUGAUGUGGUAGAAUGUUUAAAAUCAAGUACUACUUAUGACCCUCUAAGCCCUUAAAUAAAUUCAGAGAGCUGUCUAAGUUAUUUAUUUGAUAUGUAAAAUAGUUAAAAAAUAUGUAAGGAAGGUGAUACUGACUGUAUUGCUGAAGCCAAAUCUUUAAAAAUUUGUGCCUAAUUCUGUAGCAGUUAUGAUAACCAAGAUAAAAAAGUAUUUUGUAUUAAAAAAAAUUGUAGUCCUAAAAAUCAAACUGUGUAAUUAUAUUUGAAUGAUCUUACGUAAUGUGUAAAAAAAAACUCCUAAGAUAUAAAAAAAUCAACUAACUCAUCAAAAAUAGUCUUAGAGGUUACCAUUUUUUUCUUUCUUUCUUCACACUAAUAUGAUUUUUUUUCUUAAUUAAAAUAAAAUGAUAACUUUUUCAAAAUAUUGAUUAUCUAUCUUUAUGUGUGUUGA